UGUCAUCGCCGCGAGAGCGGCCUGGCUGCCGUGCUACGGAAUCAACAAUUCGUUUUACCCCGGCCCUGGCCACCAGCGAAGUGACGUUCUCUACACAGUUGUCUGAAUUCAGUGACUUGUUUGCAAUGAGUGUCCUGUCCUCGGACCAACAUUUAAGAACUGCGAUGGAGGGUGGCAACACCGAAACAACAUCAAACUCGCAGGAGAUUAUCGACAUGAUGCUUCAGUUGCCUGAAGAUGCAAACGCGCAAUAUGCUGCUGACACUGGAGAGCGUCCACUCUCGGUUGUUCUCGCAAACGAAGACAGCACUGCGGCGGUGCUCAAUAACGACAACAUAAACGUCAGCAACCCUAAUAGCAAUAUGCUUUAUUAUAUCCAGGACCAGCAACAAAUGUCCCUUUUAGAAGACGAAAAUGAUCCAGAAUUGCAAAAUUUCGCCGAAAUGCUUUUAAUGGCGCCUAAUACACAACAACUGGUUGCAUCCGCGCAGUCGCAGCGGCAAGGUCAGCAGCAAACACAGCGUCGUGCACCACAUUAUCAGGACGUUAAGCCGUUCGUUCAAGAGCAUGAAUGGAUUCGCGCUAACCUCAAUUCGACCGUCGUCAACCAGACUUUAAGCAGUAAUCCGGGAGAUUAUGGAUUCCGAGUAUUCUUCGAUGCUCACGAAAAGGUAACAAAGAAUAUGACAUGGACCUAUUCGGGGGAAGUGGGCCGGUUGUAUGUGAUGCUCAACUCGCAGUGUCCUUUUAAGGUAGGCACUAUGCAUCCGCCUCCGGACAACUCAUACAUCGUUGUCGUUCCAGUUUACAAGGACGCCGUAUCCCGGAGUGAGAACGUGGUGCGAUGUCCGCACCAUUGUCGCAACCUUGACGCAUCAGGUUUGAAGGGCAAAUUUUGGAUGAACUCGCCACACCCUCAGUCCCUAUAUCAUGAGGACAUCCAGAACUCCAAUCGACAUUGCCUUGUUGUGCCCUUUGAAAAACCACACACUGGAUGCCAAUCGUAUACGUACCUUUUUGAGUUCAUGUGCAGAAAUACUUGCGUUGGCGGAGUGAACAGACGCGCUACUGAGGUCGUGUUUCUGCUGCAGCACCAAGGCAAAGAGUUGGCCCGAGCCGUUGUUGAGGUUAAGGUUUGCGCGUGUCCGGGGCGAGAUCGACGAACCGAUGAAACAACGUUAGCCAAGCGACUCUCCAUGGAGAGCAGUGGAGCAACGGCUCGUGCCGGACAUCGCAGUAGUGGUCAACACAGUAUGGCCAUAUCGGGUCACACCAGACUACGAUCAGCCCCCGGAGCCGGCUCAGAGUCUGCUUCGAUAAGCAUAUUGAACUCAACUGACAACGAACACGAAACCGGACAGGACGGUGAAGUAUUUUCGAUACGGGUGCGGGGGAGAACCAACUUCGAAAUUCUUAAAAGAGUGGCCGAAGGUUUGGAACUACGUGCUCAACAUCAACGAGUCAAAAAACGAAAAGUCUCUGGCGCCAUCGACCAGCAGCGGGUUCAAUUGCAGCAACAGCAAAAUCUUACAGCCACUGAAGUUAAACGCGAAGGAGAAAUUGUUUACUCUGAUGGUUAGAAAAAGGCCGGAUUAGGGACAGUUUCUGAAUCGCUACUAAUUAUAAUACCACCUUGUUGAAUUAGGAAGCCGGAGUCUUCGAUUUGGCAAGACACACUGUUUUUAACUCGUUCAGUGCUUGUCCUGUAAACAAUAAAGACAACUACUCUAUCAAGUUGGCUGUUGUUCGUGCACAAAAGUGUACUUCGAUAGGUAACAUAGAGUUACUGUUAAUAAAUGAAUGGAUUAAUAUCUUGAAGGCAAUUAUUAAUGAGUAAAAGAUAUAUAUAUAUAUAUAUAUACGAGAGAUACGAAACUAAAAGUAAUAAGGAAAUAUUAACUAAAACAGAUGAAUAGCGAUGACAAAGAACAAGGAAAAACAAGUUUCAAUUUGAGAAGUUGCGGAUAAUAAUAUCAAGGAUAAUAUCACAUUCAUUAUUUAUUGGAUUUGACUUUAAGUAAUCUGAAUUAACUUGUAAGCUAUGAAUGCGAGGUGUCCUUCAAUUCUCAUCUAUUUUUCUUAUUUUACAUACCAUUUAGAUGAGGAGGAGUAUCGCACAGAUAAAAACAGCGAGCAGAAUUGUUGCGUGUGCAUUGAGUGUAGCUCCAUAAUGAUGAUGUCUGCAUCAUAGUACAUUGAUUUUAAUCAUAAUUAGCGGUAAUAAAUUUUCUUGAAUUGUUGAAUAGUGUACGAAAAUCAAAUAGUUUACACAUGAUUUUCUAUAAGAAAGUGCAUAUAUUGUGAUAAGCUUAUACAUUUAUUUGCCACAGAGGAAAAACGUUUCAGUUAACUAAUUUACAACGAUGUUGAAGUGGAUAGGAAAAUUCUACAAGCCUAUAAAAGCUUUGGAGAUUGUUUUCUUCGAAGUACAAGGGACAUUAAUUUAAAGCACUAGCAAGACAGAUUUCAUAUAAUUAAAUACUUAUGAAAGAAGUUGUGUAGUAACAGUUAUCUACUAGUUAAACAUUAUUCAAUGGAUUUGUUGAGUCUUAAAGGAAUCACAUCUAUUUUGCUACCCUAAAUCAAACAUACAUAUAAGUAGAGUAUACAGGAACUACGUCCUAAGCUAUUUUUAGAUUUUACUCGAAAAGAAAUAAU